GGUGCGCGCAGGGUGGCUGCACGUGAGCGCGGGUAAACAGGCUGACAUCAGGUGAAGGUGUGUGUAUCUGUGUCGGGUCCGGCAGCGGGGGGUCAGGAUGCUGUAUCUGGUGGGUCUGGGUCUGGGGGACGCUGCGGACAUCACGGUGAAGGGUCUGCGGGCGGUGCGGGGCUGCUCCCGGGUCUACCUGGAGGCCUACACCUCCGUGCUCACCGUGGGGAAGGAAGCUCUGGAAGAGUUUUAUGGGAAGGAGCUGAUCUUGGCGGACAGAGAUCUGGUGGAACAGGGUGCUGAUGAGAUCCUGAAGGAUGCUGAUGUGACCGACGUGGCAUUCCUGGUGGUGGGCGACCCGUUCGGAGCCACCACCCACAGUGACCUGGUGCUGAGAGCAGUGCAUGCUGGGAUACCAUACAAAGUCAUUCAUAACGCCUCCAUCAUGAACGCCGUGGGCUGCUGCGGCCUGCAGCUGUAUAACUUCGGGGAGACCGUGUCAUUGGUAUUUUGGACGGAGACGUGGAGACCGGAGAGCUUCUAUGACAAAAUCUGUAAAAACAGAAAAGCUGGACUGCACACACUCUGUC